AUGGCCCAGCCCAUUCUUUGGCCUGACAAAUUACGAAAAAUAUAAAAUAAUAAUAAUAAACGAAUUAAAUUUGAAACCCUAAUUGCUGUUCGUUCUUCUUCGUCUUCUCCCGUCUCCGUUGGUCAGCUGCUGACUCCGAGCUUUAAAUGCUUCGCGUCUCGCCUCUCGUUCGCUCCCGGCGUUCUCCUCACGGCGGCGGAGCUUCUUCCGCCUUCUGAUUUUCUUCUAUUCAUUUGGGCGCAGCUGCCCCCAAUGGAGCCUAUUUGGCGCGCCCACGACCGAUCGAUAAAGAUGAAGACUGUUUCUGGUAAAAUCAUAUCGACGAGGUCGGUCUCCCUCGCCAAAGCAUCGAAGAUCCUCUCGAAGAUGGUCACGGUCGAUAACGGGGCUUCCUCUUCCAUUAGCAUCUAUCUUCGAAAAGCCUCGGAUGCCUUCGACGAGUUGGCGCAGUUUCACAAGGGCAUCAAGACCCCCAAGUCUGACCGGAAGAGCAGAAAAACUUCAGCUUUAACAGAGUCGGAAAACGGCCCGCCUCAAGAAGUCGAGCCCGAGGAUGCGGAGAGCAAUCGGAGGAAGCGUAGGAAGAAGAAGGUCGGAGAUAGGGAUGACGAGGAUAAUGGGCUAGUUACGGAUUUGAGGGGGACCGAUGAGCAGGUACUGGUUAAUGGAGAUGGAGAGUUUGUGGGAUCGGAGGGCCAGAAGAGGAAGCAUAAAAGUAAGGAGAAGAAAGCAAAGGAUGAAGUUAAGGAGAAGAAAGUAAAGGAUGAAUCUGGUGAUAUCGUUGAGAAUACUAUUGAAAACGGUGGGGAGGUGAAGGGCGAAGAUGGCAACAGCGGUGAAGCAGAAGACAAGGAUCGGAGGAAGAAGAAGAAGAAGGAGGAGGAUAAGAAGAAGAAAGGAGGAGAUGUUAGUAUCAGUCUGGGAGAUAAUGGUUUUGCAGUCGAGGAAAGAGAGGAUUCUAAGAGCGAAUUCAGGACUGUGGAGGAAAACAGGGACCGAGGGAAGAAGAGGAAGAACGAGGGGUCCGGAGAGGGCAGGGAAGAAGAUGGUUUGGUGGAGCACCGGAGCAAGAAGAAGAAGAGGAGGUGAUCAUAGGAAGAUAGUGAAACCUUUACAAUUGUUGGGAUUGGGCAGCUUUCUCGACUUUUAUCGAGAAUCUGUCCAAGAACACAGAAGGAACAACAAAGGCAAUGAAGAAAAGGAAACUACAGCAUCAAAGUUACAUUUCAACUGUCACUUUCCGCUUGCCAGGAUGUUCUGUGAUUGCUUUUCGUAGGGAAAACCCUUCUUCUUUGAGUCAUC